CUAAAAACAUGCACUAAUCAAUAAGCUUUAAGUUAAAUCAGGCAAUAUGAAACUACCUAUAACUACAUAUUUCAUAGACCUGUUUGUGAACAGAAUAUCAUGUUUCACCCUAUUUUCAGAAAAUGGUUUGUCCCGGUGUUAUCAGCGAAACUUUAAGCAAACUUUAAUAUGCAUUAGGUCUAUCUGUAACUUGACUGUGAAUUUUGUACUGGUUGUAUAAACAUGGGCGUAAAAAGUCAAUAUAAUUAAGCUUUUUCAAAGUUGAAGUUUAGUACCUGGGUAAAUAGACUAACUAAAAACUUUGUGUCUUCAUAAAUACUCAUGUUAUUCACAAGGAAGGAAUUAUAACAAUAGUGAAUACAAAGCUUAUCAAUCGAAUAGCAGAUCACAACAUCUAUUUCAAAAUGGCAACUUCCGAAAGUUCAGUUUAUAACAGUUCAGAUUUAGUGAAGGAUUACGUUUGUGGCCCUUGCGAAAGUAAAACUAUUGAAGAAAGUGCUGAUUAUUUCUGUGCAGGGUGUAUGAAGUUUUUCUGCAGAAAAUGCAUUUAUCUACAUGAUCAGUUAUAUGCAAAUCAUUCCAAAUAUGGAAGAGAAGAAACAAAUAAAUGGCCUCUUACAAAGGCAGUGGAGGAUUUGCUACUGAAAUGUGACGUCCACAAGAAUGAGAAACUGAAAAUGUUUUGUCAGGACCACAGUCAGCUGUGUUGCUCUGAUUGUGCUUUUCUGAAUCACAGACAGUGUACCAAUGUGACUCUAAUUUGUGACUCAGUCCAAAAGAUGUCAUUGGAUAUGCAACAGUUGACCAUCAAUCUUCAAACUAUUUUAGAUGAACUAAAUAAGUUUAAGAGUACACAAGAGUCCAGCAUUCAGUCUGUGGAGGCAUCAUAUUGUAAAAGACUUCAAGAAAUCGUAGACAUGCGAAAGAAAUUAAAUGCUGCUUUGGAUGAACUAGAAAAUAAAACCUUGAAAGAACUAUAUGAAAUUAGGACCACAUUGCAAACCGCUCUGAAGAAGGACAUUGACAACUGCAGCAGACUGAAGGAUGAACUGAAACAACACAGUGAAGCGGUUAAUGUCCUUUGUGAUAAGAGCAACAAAGAAAUUGAGUUCAUAGCCAGCAGAAAAUGUCUGGACAAAAUGCAAGAGUCAGAGUCUUAUCUGAAAAAGAAAUCUAUGAAGGUGCAGAGUUCUAUAAAAUUCAAGGCGAACAGUGACAUUGAGAAGUACCUGUUUCAACAGGCAAGUCUAGGGAGGAUUGUAGACAGUUUGCAGUCUCUUACACUCAACAUGAAUCCAGACCAGAUCUUGACUGUGAAGAGCAAAUCUGAGUAUCUUAUGAGAAUAUCAAGUGACACACAGCAGACUUGCAGUAUCACUGGCAUUUGCUGCCUGCCUAGUGGCCAGGUGAUUGUCACAGAUUACAAUAAUCAAAACGUGAAGCUGUUAGACCAGCAUUACACUGUGUCCAGUCACUGUGAUGUGUCUGGUUAUCCAUGGAACAUUUGCCAAAUCACAGCCAGUGAGGUUGCUGUAACUGUUGAUAAAAAUGUACAGUUUAUCUCUGUGAUCAAUGGGCAGCUGGUGAAUGAGAGGAAGUUCCAGUUACAGCAUGCAGCCUGUGGUAUUGCUCUCCAUGAUGGAGCACUGUAUGUCACCUCUGACACUGCCCUGUACUUGUACACUCUAAAUGGGUCACUUGUGAAAAAGCUUUAUGUGGAUGAAGGUGCCUGUAGAGUGUUUAAAUGUGCAGUGAGUCCUGCUGGGGACAGGAUCUAUGUCACCUACUACUGGCAGCACAAGCUCAUCACUCUGGCUACAGAUGGCACCCUGAUAUCCACCUUCAUGGACCCUGAACUACAACGUGCAUAUGAUGUCCAUGUAACACCAUCAGGACAAGUCCUUGUCUGUGGACGCGACUCUAAUACAGUCAUACAGGUUGAUCAUCAGGGAAGAAAGAAACUGGCAACUCUGGUCUCACAGGAAGAUGCUGUGAAAAAACCAGUGUCUGUAUGCUACAAUACCAACAAUCAUCAAAUUAUUGUAGGACUAGACAGUAACAAAAAAAUCAUUGUUAUGCAAUUGCAAUAGCUCUUUCAGUGGGGAAAAAACAUUUAUUUUGUUGUUGUUUAUGGCACAUUUCAUCAUGCGAGUUCAUCUUUAUAAACGAUUAUUUAAACAUUUUUUUUUAAAUAAGUUGAUUAAAUUUUAUAGGAAUGUAGCAAACAAGAAGGUAUGACAACUAUCUAUAAUGUUGAUGAUGUUGACGCUGAUGAGUCCUUUUGUAUUGCUUAGGCCAACAAUAAGAAUAUCUUAGUUUGCCUUUGCCUACCAUACUUGUGAAAUUGUCCCUAUUGAAAGAAGUUUGGUGUAAACUUAAAUCGCUUUCCUUUCCAGAUUAAUUGUUAAUUAAUUAUUUAUUAAACAAUAUUACACAUCAAGAGAACCAAAAGCCUAAGUUGACAAAGUAAGCAUACAGUGUUUACAAAUAAAAUAGUUAAUGAUUAUACAAAGUAACAAUACGUUUCAGUUCAACAACAAACACAUGUCUUAUUAAAUAUUUGACUAUUAUAUUUAUUAUAGUAUUGAUGGUAUACAACUGUAUACGAAAUUUAAAAUGUCUAAUUACGUUAAAUUCUAAUGGAGGUAAUGAAUUACAACAAUAUUUAAAAUAUACUGUAUUGUACAUAUAUUAGGUCUUCAUGUGACAGAUGUAAUAAUAAUAAUACGCUGUACUAACCCAAAGUAACAAAAUUUGUUUUAUGAGGCAUUUGCUUAUUUAUAUAGCAGUAUGUCCCUGUUUGAGAGUAAUAGAAAAUGCUUGAGACUAAUAGAACAAUACUUGAUUUAAUUGUUUUUGUAUAUAAUGCUACUUGUAUUGUAAUGCACCCCACAUGUUAUGCACCCCACAUCAAAUAUGAUUCGUCAAUAAUUUUAUGAAAGAUAAAAAAAUUAUUUAUUUAUAAUUAAAAAGAAGUACAAUAUAACAAAGUGGUUUUAACUAUAUAGAGAGGUUAUUUGUUUUCCUAAAUUUGUAUUGUUGUUUAUAGAACAAGAUAUGCUUGCCUAUCUGUUACAUUAUAUCCUUGAAUUGACAUUUUUAUUACUACACAAAUGUAAAACCCUUCAUUAUGGUCAAGACAAAGCCCGGACAAUCGUUUCCGCGGACAACCAUUCCAACGCUAAUUUUAACAAGGUGGACAGUGGUUCCUACGUUAUUUUGACAACCCAGACAGUCGUUCCCAUGGUGAUUUUAAAACCCGGACAAACUGUCCUACAAUAUUUAACAGCACUAACUCUUGUUCCUACAUUACAUGGAGACCCCGAACAAUUGUUCAUACAUUGUUCCUAUCCCAGAAAUUGGUUCUUAAAUUAAAUUUAUUGUAAUAAAUACCAAUUUUGAAAAAAUAGUAAAACACGAGAACCGCACAAGAAGUUGAUAUGUUGUUCUUAAUUUAACUUGUACCUAUGAUGUUAUGCACACAAGUGUACAGGAAGAAAAUGAACACAUAUUUAUAUUUAUAUGCAUUAUACACAAAACAAUAUGCAAACGAAAGCAAGCAAAUAAGUCGUAUUCAGCCAACACAUUGAAGAAAUUCGACCGUUGACAUGCUUGCAGCCACAUACUGAUCGCACACUCUUUGAUGUCUGCUGGUGGCUCAAAGUCUUUUUUCACAUACGUUUGGUCACUGGCACAUCCUCGUCCUUUAAUCAGCUGAGGUGUCAAAAUCAUGUAGGAACGAGUGUCCGAGUUGUCAAAAUAAUGUUGGAACGAUUGUCUGAGUUGUCAAAAUAAUGUAGGAACGAUUGUCCGCCUUGAAAAAUUAGUGUAGGAACCAUUGCCUGUGGAACGAUUGUCUGGAUACCGGUCUAGACACCUGGAGGAAAGUUAAAUUAGUAUUUAAGCACUUGCAAAAUUGCUGAGCAGCAGAAUAAAAAUGUCGCUGCUAAAAUAAAUUGGUACAAUUGUUUGUUUUCUCUACAGUUAAGAAAUUAUAUUUAACUGUAUUUUUGUUUGUUUGAGAUAAAAUAACAUUUUAUUCUUUUGUAAUCUUUUGAGAAACACAGUCCAACCCCUACUUCCGGUCACCCCUCAUCGCCGGUCGCCCCGUGUAGGCGGCCGGUGUGUGCCGCGACCGUUGAUAAACACUAUAUAAUGCACCCCUCUUAAGCUGUAACCCCGUUUCUCCGCCCAGCGGCCAGCUCUAUUUUGCAUCCCAAAUGUUAAAUUUCCCCAAUAUGAGUGGUCUCGCGCGAGAAAGUCAGUCGUGUACAUUGGCAAAAUUACACCGACGCCACGGCGAUAAAAUCGAUACUUACUUCCAGUCUGCGGGUUAGGCUCUGUUAGUACUGAAGUGUGUUGUGUGAUACACAUUUUGGCAUUUUGACAGAAUUAUUUUAUUUUAUACUUGGAAAAUUGAAAAUUUGGUUAAGUUUUGUGUUUAGGUCCACUUUUUCUCUAAAGUAUCAAAGCUAUUGCUUACAUACUUGCAGCACUUACUAACUAUUGUAAGGGGACUGUGCAGUCAAAGUUAUGUAACUCUGACUGGCAUUUUGACGGAAUUAUGGGCCCUUUAUUCCUGAAAAUUUGGUUUAGUUUUGUGUUUUGGUCAGCUUUACCCCUUAAGUAUCAUAGAUAUUGCUUUCAUACUUGGAACACUCGCAAACUAUCAUAAGGGGAUUGUAAAGGAAAAGUUGCAUAACUCUGGUUGUCAUUUUUUGGAAAUAUGGCCCUUUUUUGACUUAGUAACUUUAAAUAUAUGGUUACAUUUUGUGUUAAGAUCCACUUUACUUCUAAAGUAUCAAGGCUUUUGCUUUUAAAUUUCAAAUACUUUCAUGCUAUCAUGAGGGUACUGUACCUUGCAAGUUGAAUUUUAAAAGCGGCGUUAUCAUGAAGCUACACAAUAUAAGUAGUGAAAGUUCAAGGUCAAGGUCAUCCUUCAAGGUCAAAGGUCGAAAAAAAUCAUUUUAAAGCGGUGUUAUCAUGAAGCUGCACAUUUUGAGUGGUGGUUGAAGUUAAAGGUCAAGGUCAUCCUUCAAGGUAAAAAAAAAAUAUAAAAAAAUCAAAGCGGCGUUUUCAUGAAGCUGCACAUUUUGAGUGGUGGAAGUUCAAGGUCAAGGUCAUCCUUCAAGAUCAAAGGUCAAAAAAAAAAAAAAGUGGCGUUCUCAUGAAGCUGCACAUUUUGAGUGGUGGAAGUUCAAGGUCAAGGUCAUUCUUCAAGGUCAAGGUCAUUUUUCAAGGUCAAAGGUAAAAAAAUUAAUAUUUCAAAGCACCGUUAUCAUGAAGCUGCACAUUUUGAGUGGUGGAAGUUCAAGGUCAAGGUCAUCCUUCAAGGUCA